CUUUUUCGGUGACAGAUGGUGAGAAUCGCGAUGUUAGUUUGUCUAAUGAUUAGAAAAGGAGAAACAGUUCUUAAAGCUCAUUCCUACCAUGCGCUGACAUUCUGACUUAUAUGUGAUACGCUUGAACUAAUUAAGUGUGUAUUGUGAAGGCCUGUUUGGUUUGAUAUGCGAUUGUGAAUUAUGACACAUUCUUAACUAAUGAUCCAUUACAUGUAACUUCUGCAGAUCUUCGUUAAUGACAAUGGGAAUUUGUACUUACAGUGGAAAUACGUAACGAGCAUCGGCCUGUUAAUAAUCUCCUUGUAAACUAUGAUGUUAUUGCUUGCCAAUGAAUGUCUCUAACCAUGUAUCAUUUUCGAAUGUAGUCGAUAGCAGUCGUCGUGUUUUGAAAUGGGAAUAAAUGCGAACAUAGGAGACAGUUGGGUCUAGGAGAAAGGUAGACAAUUUGGAGUGCGAUUAGGUAGAAAGUGGGCAAUUCUGAGACAUUUCAAACAUAGAAUGAUAAAGAGUUGGAGUUUCACGUUAUCCUACCUAGGCAGGUGAAAAGAAAGAAUUUUUGGUGUGUUUCUCCACUAUUGUCCUUUUAUUUCACUAACAGAAUUUCCCUUGUUUUCCAUUUUAUCGAUCGCUUCGGUUAAUGUGGAAAAUUAGUAGUUUUACACAUAAGCUAUGUUUUUCUCUCACUGUCACUAUUCUCCUAUAGCUCCUUCAGUCAUUUCAAAGUACGAACUUCUGACUUGGUUCGUAUUUGUCUUAUGGUUCUCAUUCAUCAAACAGCAUUCACACAUGGAUGACACAUGCAGUGUUGUUAUUGAGGAUUUGGCAAAUACACAUAACGUGAAACCAGAAUCAGUGGAAACAUGGUUAGCACCAUUUGGUGUUGUUAAAUCUAUAUCUAUUUACCGACGUGUGAUCUUCGUGGAGUUCGAAAGUCCUUCAGCGGCGGAAAAUGUCAUAACUAGUGAAAAUGGGAAGAUGUUUCAGAAUAGUUAUGUAUCUAUACGAAGUCCGCAACCAUGGGACUUGAUGGUUGCUGGAGAUCUUGUUACUAAAUACGAAGUGCCAACUUCAUCUGAAGCCAAUAAAGAAGCUGAAGUGGAAGUAAAAGAUGAAAAUGCAUCUAAUGGCAACGUUCAUACGGAGGUUGAGGAGGUAAAAAAAUUAAUCACACAUAUAAAAUAUUUGGAUAAAGAUGAACUUUGGACGUUGUAUAAUGCAUUACAAGAUAUGCGAACUGAAAGGGGAGCGAAGACUAAAGUUAAAACUCUUCCUUCUGGUCGACCUUGGCUUGAUUCAAUAGGCAAAAAUCUAUUCACUGAAAGGACUGAAACAUUGCACAAAUUAGAAUUAGAAGAUAGUAAAAUAAAUCGUCGUCGUUUUAUUCAAUGUGACAAACUAUACACUGAAGCCAGUAAAGAAUGCGAAAAAGCAUGGUUCAAUAUAAUUGACCAAGAAAUUAAUACGUGUAAUGCCCCUAUACUUCCAGAGGAUAUGAACAACAUGUCGUUCCCGCCGGUAGUAGCAGCCCCUCAACCUCAGAUAAAUGGUCCUGUAUAUGAUUCCACAGGAUUUCUGAUUCCAUAUUCCAAUCAUUUUUCUUCAGAUACUUUCUCUAAUGAAUAUUCUGCUGUAUAAUAUAUGCUUAACUAAAUAUAUACAUACUUUAAAAAUCUC